UUUCUCCUUCUACGUUGUGUUUCAUAACAUCGAUUGAAAUAUAAAGUUAUAUAAGUUGUAAGGGAAACAGUGUAACUGAUAGAUACAAUGUCGGACGGAUUUUGAAAAUGCGUCGAUUUUUCGUUGUUUGUGUGUUGCCCUUACUGUCAUUCCUGGUGACGGUGGAUGGUCUGGCAAUCAGCAAUGUACGAUUGGAAGAAGGUAGCGGCCGCUACGAAGGACGAGUCGAGGUCAGCAUAGCCGGUAUAUGGGGAACGAUCUGUGAAGACGGGUUCGAUAUGAAUGAUGCAAAGGUCAUCUGUAGGAUGUUGAAUAUGACCGCAACCGGAUUUUUACAUCAAGCCCGUCGCGGUGAAGGCUCUGGACCAAUAUACUUACGGAACCUAGAGUGCAACGGUGACGAGACCAGUAUUAACCAAUGUGCGUACGGUACCGACGUUAGCGUAUGCACGCAUUCAGCCGAUGUAUCCGUUAUUUGUUCAGAUUGUGGGGCUAUCAAUGUCACAAACGGACAACCGGCUUCUAUUUCGUCAACCGGAACAUCUUUGACCGUUUCAUGCAAAGAUAGAUUUAACGCAGAUACAUACACCAGCGACUGUAAAGGGGGAACAUGGACAAACAACCCCAUCUUCUGUCGCUCAUCCCUCAAAAUCCAGAGCAUGCGACUUGCUAAUGGGAUCAGUCUUUACGACGGAAGAAUAGAAUUACAAGUGAACGGAUCCUGGGGAACAAUUUGUGGUCGAUCUUCUCUGUCUUCUUCAACAUAUUAUUUCUUAAGAGAGGAGGCUGAAGUCAUUUGCUACAGUAUGUUUGGAAAAAGGUCAAUCAUAUCGUACCAUACGUGGGAAAGACCGUAUGGACGGGGGAAUGGAACAACUUAUAUUGACCAGCUGCGGUGUAACGGAAAUGAAGACACUAUUCUCGACUGCAAUUACGUAUUGAAUUCAACAUGUUCGCAUUAUUAUGAUGCGUUUGUUGCAUGCAAUCUUGCUCCACUAAAUUUCACGGACAUUCGUCUGGUUGGAAACGACAGCGACGCCGGUCGUGUGGAACUAAAGACCAACAAUACCUGGGGAACUGUGUGCCCUAACAACAUUAAUACAUAUACAACAACGCUUUUAUGCAAGAUGCUGAACAUGAAGUACACACACUUUUUAACAUCUUGGUACGAUCCAGGGACAGCGCCGAUUUUAGUUGAUUACUUUUGGUGUUACUCACACUAUACCAACCUCGCCCAGUGCAAACACAGAUCGCCGAGCCGAGGGUAUUGUACAGAGGGGGAAAUUUUGUCACUCAUUUGCUCCGAGUGUGGAGUGGCAAAGGUGGUUCACGGAAAGAUAUCCAGUUACCAUAAUAAAACUUUGACGGUGACAUGUGACAAAGGAUAUGACCCUCCGACUAUUACACUGUAUUGCAUGGAUGGCGGAUGGAGUGGAAACGCCACAUGCAUCGCAACUGGCUAUCCGUUGGACAUUCAGGAUGUCCGCCUUGCACCAGGUCCCUACCAUGGAAGGGUAGAGCUUAAAGUAAACAACACUUGGGGGACAGUGUGUGGAAAUGGAUUUAAUUCCUCCGAUGCCAUUGUGGUCUGUAGAAUGUUUGGACUAAGCCGAUAUACGAGUUACACCUAUGCCAAAUAUGGGGGCGGAAAGGGUCCGAUCUAUAUGUCCAAUCUAGGCUGCAAUGGAGGUGAAAAGGAUAUUAGGAACUGCACAUAUACGGUUAAGAACUCCUGUGUGCAUUCAAAUGAUGCAUCUGUUCUAUGUAAUGGGCGGCCGUUGAAUAUUUCGGAAGCACGUCUUAUAAAUGGUACUAGUCCAUAUAUUGGCAGAGCAGAGAUCAAAGUGAACGGAACAUGGGGAACAAUAUGUGACCGGACUUUUGAUAAAGACGCUAAUUUACAGUUUUGCAAAAUGUUUGGACUAAAAUCUGCAGAUGUUUACAGCAAUGCUCAGUACGGUCAUGGAUCUGGCCCUGUGUUUGUUGAUGAAUUAUGGUGUUAUUCUUCUGAUGCUUCUUUAAACAAUUGUCUUUAUCGUACAUACAAUGCAUGCUCCCAUCAGCGAGAUGUCUCUGCUGCAUGUUACGGGCCAAAACGAAAUGUUUCUGACGUGCGUUUGGUUAAUGGUACUGGUCCAGAUGAUGGAAGAGCAGAACUUCUUAUAGAUGGAAUAUGGGGAACAAUAUGCGACGAUAGUUUUAAUAUCAAUGACGCUGAAGCAAUUUGCGCGAUGCUUGGAAAAAAAGGAGCUCAAUUUUUUACUGCUGCAUAUCACGGUCAGGGGACCGGACCGGUGCACAUUGACCGUCUUGAUUGUCAGUCGUCUAGCCAAGCCCUAAGUGAUUGUCCAUAUCUCUACACAAACACUUGUAGUCAUGCACGGGAUGUUUCUGUGGUUUGCAAUGACUGCGGAAAACCGGACAUACAUUUCUGGGAUGCCGGAUAUUUUAGCUACAAUAGGUCAAUCCUUUAUGCCGACUGCUCAUACUACAAAAAAUAUGUAGGAGUUCUGGAACUAACCUGCGAUAGCUUCACAAAACAAUGGAUAACAAACGGAGAAUGUCAGGAAUACAGAUUUCCUCUGGAGGUAACCAAUAUCCGUUUAGUCAACGGAAGUGUCCCAGGAAGUGGUAGAGUAGAAUUAAUGUCAAUGAACACCUGGGGCACGAUUUGCGGAGAUAACUUCGACUUGAAAGCAGCAAACGUCAUCUGUAAAAUGAUUGGUUACCCUCCGGCUAAAACUUUCUUUGUAUCUGCUCAUUAUGGACCAGGAUUUGGACCUAUAUUUGUAGAUGAUUUAACGUGUAAUGCCAGCGCGAAGCACAUCAACAACUGCUCUUAUACCACUGAAGACAACUGUGAUCAUAACAACGAUGUAUCUGUUAUUUGCACAGACUGUGGGAAUCCAACGCCAGCCAAUGGAUUUGUUAAUUCGACUCAGUCUCAUCUUGGUACCAUCGUGACUGUUGGCUGCAACAGAGGUUAUCGAUUGAGUGGAAGUAAAACGAUUGUUUGUGAUCAAAAUGGCUGGUCGCAAUCAGUAUUCUGUCAUUUGAUUGAUUGCGGAGAUCCAACGCCAGAGUAUGGGUCAAGCAAUGCAACAACCACAGGCAAUGGAACGAUAGUUUUAAUUAGCUGUGACGAGGGGUAUACCUUAGAAGGAAGCGCAAUCAUAUCAUGCCAAGAAAAUGAUAUUUGGACAGAUUCAACGAUUUGCAAUAUAGUUGAUUGCGGAUAUCCCAAACAUCCAAAUGUGGAAUUUAUUUUGUCAACAAACAUGACGUCUUACGGCUCGAUUGCAGUUGCGUCAUGCUCAGACGGAUAUGGCCCCACGGGAUCAACUACUAUCGAAUGCCUGGCCAGUGCAACUUGGGAAAGCUUUCCGACUUGCGAAAUUAUCGAUUGUGGAAGCCCAGUUCCGAGUGGAGGUAUCGCAAAUGAUAGCAGCACAACAUACGGAACAUUUGUUUCCAUCACUUGUACAAAUGGAAAAGUUAAAGGAGACCCAGUUAUUACCUGUCAACAAGAUGGCAUAUGGAGCGAUUAUCCUACGUGCAUUGCAUCAGACUGCGGGAUUUUAUCAGUAUCAAAUGGUUUGGUCACAUCUCUCAGUACAACUAUUGGAAGUAUUGCCAAUGUGAUGUGCAAUGAAGGGUAUUUUCUAACUGGAUAUUCUAGUGUCGUUUGUACAGAAGAAGGUUGGGACGGAAAUCCAGAAUGUUCCAAACAAGAUUGCGGCAGCCUGCUGUUAAACAACGGUCACGUGACGUUCAUUGGUGGCACGCUGUUUGGGGAUGUAGCGCAUGCGGUUUGCGACACGGGAUUUUCUAUAAAAGGGGAUGCUACUAUUACCUGUGAAGAUGGUCCAGCGUGGAGCAGCACUCCAAGCUGUAUAAUAAACGACUGUGGGUCUUUGGAGGCGCCGGAGUCUGGAGUGGUAACGGUGGAUAUUACAACCGUCAAUUCAACAGCUGUAUUUAAAUGCCAUGACGGGUAUUUGUUGACCGGUUAUGCAGUAUUGGCCUGCAUGUCAUAUGGGGAAUGGAGUCACGAGCCUCCAACAUGUUUGAAGAAGUCGGGCAUCGGCGGUCCAUGCAGUUCGUCUGAUUUUUGCGCAGCUAAAAAAGCCAUGUGUUCAGACAAUAAAUGCACAUGUGCUUCUGGAAUAUACAACCCAGGAUUGAACACAUGCGACAUAAUGCCUUUACUUCCGUACGGCAAAACCACAAAUGACCACUUUUUGAAUGGUAGUUGCGGAGAGAAAAUUUCGUUUGCCCCGGGAAUUCCAGUGUUUAGUAAAACAUAUUUUGAUCUGUAUGUGUGUUUCAACGGAAUAGUAAGCUUUGAAAGAAAAUAUCAAAAACCGACCCCACCAACUGAUAGAUUUGUUCUUUUGAAUUUUGAUAAACGGGUUUUGAUUGCGCCGUAUUUUGCUGAUUUCAAUCGCAAAAAUGGACGAGUCUCGUAUAGAACAUAUGACAUAUUGAAAAACAACCAGGAACUGGAAGAAAAUAGAUAUGUUAUAUCGAUGGUUGAUCACAUUGUACAGAAGUUUGCUGAAUUGCCUUCAUUCAGCACAAAAUUUCUGCUGAUAGCUACCUGGGAAAAGCUCGAAAAUGGUCAUGGUCAAAACUCGGAGAAAGAGACAGUUACUUUUCAACUGAAUUUAGUGAGCGACGGAUCUUAUACAUUUGCACUGUUUACCUACGAAAAUGAGGAGAUGGUAUGGAACGUUGGAAAGCAAGUCCAAAAAAUCUGGAUAGGCUAUUAUGCCCAAAAAAAUAGAUUUUAUACGCAUCCAUUUUCCUUUUCAAACCAAGUGUUAAGAAUGAAUACAGUGGAAAUCGGUAAAUCCGAAAAACUGAAAGGUGUUGUGUUGUAUCGAUUAACGAAAGAAGGAAAGACAAAACCAAACAAUGCCGUUAACUGUAUCUCCUGGUACAACAGAAACAUUCAUGAAAAGAUUCGCAUAAAUCAAAUUUUAUCGCUCCUUCCACAUUGCCCUUGCGAUAUAGACCUGGGAAAAUUUGACCCAUGGUUCUGGAAACUUCAGCAAUAUAGAUGGCAUGACCAGCAAGGCUACGGAUGUGUUGAUAUGCUUCAACGACCUGACAGUAGAUAUACCCAAUACGGCAAGUCAUGCUGCUAUGACCUGAAUGCAAGACUUCUGACGUUUGAGCGACCGUUCGCUGGAUCAUUUAGAAUGUUCAACCCACAUAUACUUACCAACGGAAAACAACAUUAUGAAAACGACAUUUUACCGAAAGAUUGGUGCUGUAACUUAUCUGGUUUUUGUAACCUUUAUUAUGAACUUCGUCCAACCGGUUCCUGUUACAGAAAAUCACCAUAUUCCUUUGGAUCGUUUUGGGGAGACCCGCAUUUUCAAACACUUGACGGAAUGAACUUCACUUUCAAUGGCCUGGGGGAAUUUACCUUGCUUCAAAUUGAUACUGCAAACAUUAGUUUUAAUCUUCAAGCAAGGACUACACGUGCUAUAAAACAAGAUGGAAAUGUCUCUGACGCGACUAUUUUCAGCGCUUUUGCAUCCAUGGACGAUACAGGGGCGAGUAUUCAUGUUGAAUUAAACCAAGCAAAAACAGGUCUGGCCAUUUAUGCCAACACCGUGGACAUUACAGGGCAAUUUCAAGAUAACCAUGACUUCAACUUUUCGAGCAAUGGAACCAUUCUUUUAGCAAAAACUGGAGGAUCGUUGUUCGCCGUCUUUCAAAAAAGUGGAAUUGCACUUAACAUUUCUGUUAACAUAGGAAUGUUAUCCCUACGUACAAUUAUUCCCGACACAUUUAGUGGGAUAACUAAAGGACUUCUUGGAAAUUACGACGGUGAUCCUACAAAUGACUUUCAGAUGCCGAAUGGAACUUUUUUAAACGCAAACAUGACAGAAAGAGAAGUAUUUGAUUAUGGGAAGCACUGGGAAAUUAAUACAAAUGCAUCAGCUUUCUUCUAUCCUGACGGAACGUCGCAUGAUGAUUAUCACAAUCAUACUUACAUACCAAGGUUUCUGGAUGAAGUGGACAAAGCUAAAAUAUCAAAUGCCGAACUCGUGUGCGGAGGAUCUCAGAAUUUGGAAUGUAUCUUCGACUUCGUCUUUACGGAUAUUGAAGAAGUUGGUGAGAUGUCGAAUGCGAUAAAAGUACAAGCGGAAUCAUCUAGAGAAGAAAUAAAGGAAGUACUGCCGUUUUUGGAAGGUUGUUCAACUCUGAACGUAACUAAAGGAGAACGAAUUUCUUGCGAGUUAAUUCAUUCACACAAUGACAGCAUUUACUUUCUGAAGAACAAUAUUGGUGCUGAAUAUCAUAACACAAACUCAACAUUAUCUUUUAUUUACACCGAUUCAUCUGAAGUGGAGUUGAGUGUUGUGGCUAAAAACACGCAAAACCGUUCCUCGACGGCAGUAAAUCCUCUUAUUAUCCUCUGUACGGGAUGUAACGGUCGCGGUCACUGCAAUGGUUCUCCACGGGGAAGGGCAUCAGAAAAUGAGCAGUUUCAGAAGUACACCUGUAUAUGUGACAAUGGUUACGAAGGUUUCGAUUGCGAGAAUGAGGUUGACGGAUGCGCUGCGGAGCCAUGCGCUCUUGGUCGGAACUGUAGUAAUCUCAGCAUUGAACAACAAAUAAAAGAAGGAAAGGCGUAUAAAUGCGGACCGUGCCCGAAAGGUUUUGUAACAGAUGUUGACAACGACAGAUGCGCAGAUGUUGAUGAGUGUUCGGCUGAACCAACCGUUUGUGACGUCACUUCCACCUGUCAAAACACUGUCGGUAGUUUUAUCUGUAUAUGCAACACAGGAUACAGAAUGGAUGGUAACAUUACAACUCGAUGUCAUGAUAUUAACGAAUGCGACGAGGCUUUACACAACUGUACACACAAGUGCAACAACUUUGACGGAGGAUUUAACUGCUCUUGCCCACAAGGCUACAACCUUAACCAAGCGGCCUGGACAUGCAUUAAAAAUACAUCUUUAAAUUGUUCGGAAUGCUACCAAGCUUCUGGUUGUGAACAAAUACACAAUGAAACAAAAUGUUUUUGUGUCGAAGGGUUUGAGCUAGAUAAAAGUGGCAAGCAAUGCAAAGAUGUGGACGAAUGCGCCAGAGGUGUGUGCUCUCAGGGCUGUACAAACACAAAUGGGAGUUUUUACUGCUCCUGUUUUGCUGGGUUCGAACUUGUUGACCGUGCAAAUUGCGAAGAAUGUAGCACCAAUAAAUGGGGUGUUAACUGUUCAAACGAUUGCGAAUGUACCGGUCAAGGGGCCGAAUACUGUGAUCCAGUGAAAGGGUGUAUAUGCCUACCUGGCUGGGAAGGCCCAACAUGCAAUGAUGAUAUUAAUGAAUGUAACCGGACUUACGACUUGUGUCAAGAUGUGAGGAAAGACUGUGAGAACAAUUUGGGGUCAUUCUCUUGUAACUGUAUUGACGGCUUUAUUGAAAACGAUGAAGGAAAGUGCAAAGAUAUUGAUGAAUGUAGCAAUCCAUUAACACAUAACUGUGACCCUGAAAUCGAGCGAUGUGUUAACACAAAAGGCGGAUUCACUUGCGAAUGCGUGAGCGGUUACAUAAGAAAUGGUUCCUCUUGUAAAGACAUAAAUGAGUGCACCCUUAAGACUUCCGGUUGCGAACAAAUGUGUGAAAACAAGCCAGGCACAUACAACUGCCUUUGUUACUUUGGCUACAAGCUGAAUGAUGACAGGAAAACAUGUACAAAAGUGGAAGACCCGUGCAAACAGUUCUACAACAAGACGUGCAGUCACUACUGUGUGAUACUUAAAUCAGAAGAUAAAGCAGAGUGUAGAUGCUCAGAAGGAUAUCGUCUGAUGAACAAUGAAGUAUCAUGCGAAGAGGUGAAUGAAUGCGCCGAAACUCCUAACAUAUGCGGCAAUAUUGCCACAUGUACCAAUUUGGAAGGAUCUUUUCAAUGUAACUGUCCAUCGGGAACUAAACUUCAAAACGACGGCAUUACAUGCUCGGAGUGUGAUGAGUUCCAUCAUGGUGUCAACUGUUCACAAGAAUGCAUGUGCCUUCACGGAUCAUGUGACAAGAAGCAUGGAUGUGAUUGCAAUACCGGAUGGAUGGGAGAAAGCUGUGACGCAGACGUAGAUGAGUGUGCCGCCGGAACAAAGGAAUGUGAAGACGCAAACACUGUUUGUAUCAAUACCCCUGGCGACGCCAUUUGCAUCUGUGAAGGAGGGUUUGUGAGAAAUGAGACAACGUUAAAAUGUGAAGAUAUCAAUGAAUGCAAUGAUAGUCAAAUGAAUUCCUGUGAGCAGCGGUGUGUGAACGUAAAUGGGUCUUAUAAGUGUGAGUGUCACAACGGGUUCACCAUGAGGAAUGGAACUUGUAGAGAUAUAAACGAAUGUGAAAAACACCACGACUGCCAUCACUCGUGUGAAAAUACCGUCGGAAGUUAUCGGUGCUCGUGUAGAGAGGGAUUCAAGCUCGAUCUAUCAGACAGAAGGUCCUGUAAACCUGAUGCUGAAUGCGAUGAAGGAGAAGAAGACACACCUUGUAAUGAAAACCAGUAUUGCUUAAUUCUAAAUGGAAAUCAUACAUGUGAAUGUUUCCCAGGAUUCGAAACUUUGGCAAAUUCUUCUUCCUGCAAGGACAAAGAUGAAUGUGCAGCUGAGACCAAUCCAUGUGAUCAAAAUUGCACAAACACUGAUGGCAGUUUUGUUUGUGGCUGUAAUACAGGUUUCAUUCUGUCCAGUGACAAAUUCUCCUGCAUGGAAUGUGAGGAUGGAUUCUACGGAGAUAACUGUUCCUUAGAAUGCAGUUGUUCCAAACAAUCGACCGAACGCUGUGAUCCGAAAUCAGGAACAUGCAUCUGUAAAAACGGCUGGUCAGGAAACGAUUGCAGUGACGACAUUGAUGAAUGUAAAAACAAAACAAUUUGUCAAGGAACCUCAGUUUGUUUGAACACAAACGGUAGCUACAGAUGUAUUUGUGACAAAGGCUUUAUCAUGGACAGUGCCGGAAUAUGUACAGUUUGCAGAGCAGGUCUGUUUGGGAAGAAUUGUGAAAACACAUGCGGCUGUAAUAUUGAGAACACGGUGCUAUGCGAUCACGUCACCGGCAACUGUACAUGCAAACAGGGUUGGUCUGGAGGUGACUGCACUGAUGACGUUGAUGAAUGUAAAGGGGAAACUGAUGUUUGCAGCACAAGACCUAACUCCACGUGCAUUAACUCCGAUGGUAGCUUCAAAUGUGAAUGCAACGAGGGAUUCUUUGAAAACGGUCCUCUUUGCAAUGAUGUCGAUGAAUGCAAACUUAUCCACAACUGUACUUUCCCUGGCCAAGAAUGUGUUAACAAGCUAGGAAGCUACUCAUGUAAAUGUAAGAGGGGAUACCAUGGUGACGGUAUUUCAUGCACCAUGUGCAGCAACAGUACCUAUGGGGAAAACUGCUCAUCGCAUUGCACAUGCAACGUAACUAACACGGAGGUUGUUUCGGAGCAUCAAAUUUGCCAAACUGAAAACGGACAGUGCACAUGUAAACAAGAAUGGGAAGGCAAAGAUUGUGAUACGGAUAAAAAUGAAUGUCUGGACGAAACAGUUUGUUCCUCGUUUGACAACAGUGGUUGCCAUAAUUUGCAUGGGAACUACUCUUGUGACUGCUUGAGAGAUUACGAACAUGUAAACGGAACCUGUAUUGGGCCAUACAAAAACACAGAGGUGGAACCAGAUAGUGCCAUACAAAUUGAAAUUGAAAUAAGUUUUAACUGGAAAACAUCUGGGUUAAAUUUCAACGUGAGCAGUACCUACGAAGAAUAUAAAAAGGAGACAGAAAGAAUGCUAGAAUACUAUUAUAACGAACGUUUGAAUGCAGAAGUUGACAUCUACAUCAAGAACAUAUGGUCUGGUUCACUACACUGCUUGUUUGUGGUGACAUAUUCAAAGGAAGAUCCUCUUAUUGCCAAGGCGUUGUCAGACCGAACAAGAGAGUUAGAAAAAGCUGAACUUACAUUCUUUGGGGAUGUCAUUCAUCCAGAAACAGUUACAUUACCUGACUUGUGUGAUGCAAAUUGCAAUCAUUGCGUGCUGAAAGAUGGAUUUGCCAUUUGCAGAACGGAUUCAAGCGAUUCGACUCAUUGGAUAGUAGUAGGAACUAAUAUUGGAGGGGCCGCCCUUUUGAUAAUACUGGUGCUGAGUGCUGGUUGUCUUCUUCAAUGGUAUAGAAAUGGUCAUGCUCAGAAACGGCUUGGCGGCAGGGCCGGGACGUAUUCUAUGAAUACAACAGGACAAAUGGACAAGGAUGAGGACUUUGACAGGCGGGAUGGGUUAGUAUGCUUGACGACUGGAUUCGCCACAUACCACGACUAAAGCAAACGUGCGCAGUAUAUGACGUUUAUACGUGUCUUCCUAACGAUAAUUGUGUGUAAUGUUUUGAUUAAUCACCAUUUAACCAGAAUAGUCUAUGUAUCAUGCUGUAGUUUUUGAUACAUUAACUGACAGUCUGUUUUACAUAUUCACAUUCAUAUAUCUUCCAGGACUUGAUCUUAUAGCUAUGUCCUUUUUGAUUAAUUUAAACCAAAAACAACUCUCAGAAUUUUAAAAUUCUCCUUGCUGUUCAGUGAAAUAGUGUGUACGUGUCUUCAAAAAGCUUUACUAAUCAUGCCAGAAAGGUUUCAUUUGAUCAAAAACAUCAAUUCGCUAAAGUGAUUAAAUGGAACCAGUCAUGCCUUAAGGUGUCAUUUGAUCAAAUACAUUAAUGUGCUAUAGUGUUUAAAUAGAAUUAUAAUCAGAAUAUCAUUUUGAAUUAUACACAAUUGUUCAUCAGCUACACACUGAAACUUUUCUAAUGGUUGUUUAUACUUCAGCUGUUACUUUUGUAAAUCGGAAUUACUAGCAAACAAUGAACCACUUCCGUAUGUUGUUCACACUUCACCUGGUUCUGUUGGUUCUUAGUUUUGAAUAAUUUUGUGUUUGAAAAUUUCUUUUUGCUUUAAUCCUUAUUAUAUUUGUUUAUUAUGUACAAGUGUUCGUCGUUUAUUUGUUGUUAGAGCUGUAAUAAUUUGUACAAAUUGAUCAUAUGAUGCUCCUGUUAUCCAAUGUAAUUCAACUAUUAUGUAAUUUUAGUAUUUUUAGGACUCUUGUAUUACACAUUUUGCUAUAAAUGCACAUAUAAUUUACUAUAAUAAAACGUUCCCGCAAAAAAUGAUUAUCGUUUCCACUCAAGGGAUAUAUCUCUUAACACAACAGUUUGUUUAAUACAAAUAAACGCAUGUAAAUGAUUUUCAAAAGAUUUAAUCAUGAUAUGUAUGUCCCUGAAUAUGUCAAUUCUGACACAAAAAUAUACUUUAAUAGUUUAUUAAAAUAUCAUAUAACAUAUAAAACUGUAUUAUAAAACUGCUUGAAUGAAACUAUAUAUAUAUAUAGUUAAUUGAUUGUUCAUGAAUGCCCGAUGAUAAGGAUAUGGUAGGGUAGAAUGAAUGAAGUAAAUAAAAUGGUUAAAUCAGCACUAUAAUAAAAGGUCAAUUAUUUCCAUGCAUCAAGCUUUAAAAAGGGAUUGUGAACAAAAGUAGACACUAUUGUUCUGUUCAAUGAGGUUGCUGAUAACAAAAUUAAUACAAUUGUAAAUAUUAUAUGUAUAUGACAUGCACACUCUCAUUGUUUUUGUGGUUUCAUAAAUGCCUUAUAAUCAUUCAAACAUGUGUUAUAAAUACGUCAUGCUCUUCGUUGCUGGGAAAAAUAAAUGGAAAUAUUCUCUUUCUACGUGUAUAAAAGAAAACAAUGUAAAUCGAAUUUCCGCUUAAAAAAAGUAAAAUCAAACAUUAUGACUUGGGUCUUCAAGUCUAACAACUAUAUAGUGGGUUUGAGGUGUGAGACCAUUUUUUGUUCAAUCUAAGUAAACCGUACGACAAACAAAAUUGCAAUUUGCAAAGGCACUGCCAGAAGAUGCCAACUCUCGUCAAUGAAUCUAAAUUGAAAUAGAGACAUAAUACAAUUUGUUCAACCGGAGUGCACAAAUGUGCAUUAAUGGUACAGUUGUGUACCGCUACUUCAUAUGGAAAUCGUUAAUGAUAUCUAAAUCGUGUCAAACAUGAAUGCAGACAAUGCAGAAGCCGUCGACAACGACCACGAUCACAACAUGCCUAUGACAAAAAUGUUUGUUCCUUGAAAAACAAACCAGUUAGUAUAUCGAUAUAUACAGUAGAAUACAUAUCUGAUAUAGAGGUGACAACUUGCGGUUGUAGCUGUGGUUGUGGGCAUAGUAACAAAGGGCACGAUACAAGCAACGUACAUAGAACAUAAUGUUUCUAUUAAACGUAUUUCAAAUAGCAACCACGAUAGUAAAUAUGUGUCGCAUUCUGUAAAUAAAGAAUAUUCUUUUUAAAUGAACAAUGUAACUCAAAUGCAUUACAGGAUCAUCCUUUAUCAAGUUAAUAUAAACAUUGAGCACUCGUGGUAUUUGAAGUACACAUUUGAAAUACAUCUACUUGGAAUAAUAAUAACCAACAAAUACAGUAGAAACUCACAAAACAGGAAUUCCACAAAACCGGAAUCCUCGGGAUACCGGACAUUUUUGCAGAGUCCCGGUUUUCCCCUUCAAUUUUCAAUGUAAUAAAAAUCCCUACAAAACCGGAACCCCGGAAUUCCGAAUACCGAACAAAAAAUCGAGAAAAAUUGUUAGUUUUCAACGUAAUUUUACCUCCAAAAUACGGACAUAUAUUUGUUCCAACAUGUCAGAAUGAUUUUGUGUAUUAGGAAUUCGUGAAUCGCGUGUCACUUUGUUUUGACAGCCGGUGCGUCGUUAAAUACUGCACCUGUGAUGUUGUGUUAACUCGAUAAUCGAUAAUGAUGAUUGCGCUGUGGAUUGACUGCCGCACGAUAAUCAAAGACUUCUAUGAUUGAAUCAAAUUAGAGCGUUGCGUUAAUUAAACUAUCAAAAAUAUUUAACAAGCAUUAAAUUACAGAUAAUCGGAUAAUAUGUUUGUUUGUUACUAAAAUAAAACAAAAAACUUUGAUUAGUUGUAGGACAUGCCUGUUGACAUAUACAGAAUUUGAGCCAUUUUGUUUCUAAUUGCUACGAUAUUUUAUUGACUCUCCGUUUAUUUAUUUAUCCACUAAUGUAUGUGACAAUAACCAGAUUGAUUACACUGGUAAUUUACUAUAUAUAAUAAUCAUUGUCAAACGUUUGUAAUAUAAGAA